GCACUAUCCAGAUGACAGGAAUGAGUGGUUUGCCCAGCGCUACCAUUCUUGGAGAAGAUUUGAAGGCCAAUCUCCAAUUCCACGUACAUUAAUUGGCAGGCAGCUAUUUCGAAUAAUCAGGCACUACUGACCAAAACCCCCCGACCCACUGUAAACUAAUAGUAAACAAAAUCAAGAAAUCAAUCAAGACCCACAAAUCCCAAUUUCCCAACUUCAUCUCCUUCCCUUCUGGCCUCACAAUCUCUCUGGGAUAUCCACUUUCAGGGGCUGAAAAGGGGGGAUUUUGAAGCCAUGGCCUCAGCCACCUCUCUCCCGGCCUCAUCCUCCUCAACCCUCGUCGACGGUGGCAAGGCUCCCUCUCGACAGCCACCGGCCGCCGCACCACCGCAAUGUGUGACCCUCUCCACCCUUGCUCCGCUGCCGCUGCAGUCCCAGAGCCGCACUGGCUGGAAGACCACCGCAUACGGUCGUAAGAUAGCACGCAAUGUUGUUGCUUUGGCUACCGGCGAGGCUCCGGCAGAAGUUGCAGGGCCGCCGGAACUCCAGGACAUUCUCAAGACAGUUCAAGAAGCUUGGGAUAAAGUCGACGAUAAAUAUGCAGUGACAUCCCUGGUAGUGGCAGCCUUAGUUGCUGUUUGGGCGUCCUCUGGGAUGAUUUCCGCAAUUGAUAGGCUUCCUCUGGUUCCUGGUGUUCUUGAGCUUGUCGGAAUCGGCUACUCUGGAUGGUUUGCAUAUCGGAAUCUGAUUUUUAAACCAGACAGGGAAGCCUUGGUUAAAAAGAUCAAAGGCACAUACUGCGACAUAAUCGGAAGCAGCUAGUUGCUGAGAUGAGGAGAACAAUUCCCCAAUAUUGUCUGAAAUCUUGAAGCGCACACAUUGUGUGGGGUUGUGCAAGAAAAAUGUAAUCAUCCUGUCUUUCUUGUUCAGAUAUCCUUCUAACAGGUGUAAUCUCACCUUAAUCUGCACUCUCGUGUUGAACAUAUAUGCAUCUAGCUAAAAUUUUUAAAAAUA